UCGAUCAGUUUUUCGAGACUUUUGCAGAGAUCACCAAGCAGAAAAACAUCACCUUCAUCAGAAAUACAGGUGUGCGAGACACCAUCUUCAACCUGACCUUGACAGCCCUGGCUCCUAAAUUUGAAGGAUUUGAGCCUGAAGACUUUGAGCUGUGGUUCCAGGUCAAUUUGUUUUCUGUGAUGGCGAGCUUCCACCCUGGCAGAUUGGUGGUGAUCCCCAGUAACAUCAGCUGUGCAUCCUACGCGGCUAUACUCACUGGUCUUCGGCAAAGUUUGGAAUCCCUGCCCGUGCACAUUUCACGGGGUGUGAGAUCAAGCAUAAUGUCCCUCAAGAAGACAUUCCCACGUUGCUCAGUUCCAGAUUCCUUCAUGUGCAAGGUGACCCCGAUUGAUGAAGACCUCAUCUGUUAUGGAGUUAAAAGAUCACAACUCGAACAAACCCUGUCUGUUGGCAAUUCCUCUGAAGCCCUGUGCAACUUUUCCAUCACUGAGCAUGCCUGUUCCUCGGCUACACAUCUCACAGCCAGCAACUUGGUCACACUGAUGAACUGCUCACUGGAAAGCCAAAGGACAUACCCCGUAGAGAUCUGGAAGCUUCUCUUCCAAAAAGCUUCUGCGGCACUAGACCAGGCUCUGGAGACAUACGCCAGCAUGGCCCCCAACAACAGCAACCCGUCCUUGUCACAUGCGCUUGAGGCUCUUGGGGAGGUGACAAUAGCCAACUUCAGCCAGGCACAACUGCAGAGUGAUGUCUUUGUCAGCAGCUGGUUCCAGACAAAGAUCCGUCCGUUUCUAGCCUCUCCAUCCCCCAACUUCCUAUUCUGCCUAAGCUCCAAAAACUUCAGCUGCCAUACCUACCAGAUUGUCAUCCAGGCAUUCAGUAGCCAAAGGCCAUCCAUGGAGAGAAAAAGACAGCAAGCAGUCUUCACUCAUUUCAUCAAGCCCUUCCUUUCAAGAAAUGACUCAUCAGGUACAGGCAAGAGCUCAGGUUCAAAUUGGUAAAGUCUCGAUAGCAUGUGGUAGU